CUCCACUCUUGUCGAGCUCUGCAGGCAGCAUCAAGAGAGGCCAAGACACGUUUGACUGCCCGAGGGUCCAGAAUUUUUUUUUCUAAUCGUUCACGUACGGAACUUUCUCGCCUUUUCUUCUUUCUGAAUUUACCGACAAACGAUUUUCCAGUUGCGACUUCGAGAUCUCUCAAAUACUCUUCCUCUUCCUGAUGUUCACGUUUAACCUGCGAAGUGGACUUUUCGGUUGUUUCCAAUUGUUCCAAAGGGAAACCUUCGUCAUCUCUAUCCACUAUUUUGCCGUGAAGUGGGCACUUUCGCAAGCCCAUUCUCGGGCAAAGCUUCCCAUUUGGCAGUCUUGCAUUGCAACGCCUCUUCGUUGGUUUCGAUUCUCCCACACCUUCGCACGAAGGAAGGGGAAUAUUUGGCUUUGGCUUGACCUCAUCCUCAAGCUCCUCUUUCGGAGUCGUCAAUGAUGGAGUUGUCACUAGUGAUUUACUGCAGCAUGCCUGCUCGAAACAUUCCCCAUCUUCCACUUCUUGCUUGACUCGCUCCAUGUUGUGUCGCCGAACAUCAUCGGGUGGUUUAAAUUCCUCCAACUGCUUUUCAAGAACAUCUUCGAGAUCGCUUUCCUCACUUUCACUAGAAUGAGCGCUCUUCCGUUUUCGCCUCUUUGGCUUAAGGUUCAACUCAGCAAUCUUUCCACAACGCUGAUCAAUCUUUCUCUUGAUUGCGGUCAGAUCUCGCAUUAGAAGUUCUACGCCAACGGCUCCAUUUAAUUUGCGCUGCCAACUGAGAAUCUUAUUCCGGUAAAGUUCCAGCAUUACUUUUACAUCCCGUAGGUUUUCUAUUACCGCCUCAUUGUCCUCAUUGAUUGUUACCUCUGGUGUAAGCGAUUCCAAAACAAUAGGAAUUGUGUCAGAAUUCGUGUACCCGUGAACAGUCUUCAUAUCUUGAUCGUUGUUUCGGCAUGAGGCGGUACCACGGUUCUUGGCUUCGUUUUGCUCAGAAUCGAUACAAAAUAGAGGAACAAGGAUAGAGAGGGCGGUGUCAGCCGAGGCAAUGCAUCUUUCUAUGUCACCUUUGACUUCGUCGAGUUUUCUGCGGACAAUGGAUGCAAUCUAA